UUUGUUUGACGUUUGACAUCAUAGGCCGCUAACUUCACAGCAAACAAUCCAUUUUGUUUCCUUUCUGACCGAGUGGAAAUUUCAACAAUUUUCAAUCUCGUUUCAAGUUCACGACGUCGCUGUCGUGUUGAUUUGACGUCGAUUAUUUUCUUGAUUGUACAAUAUCGGGAGUGAAAGGUGCUUAAACAGCAUGACUAUUGUGUGAAACGUUUGACGUGAGGGAUUAACGAAUCCUUUUUUUGAUUACCUCCUUGAUUCAAAGUGAACUCGCGAAAAUGGUCCAGGAAUACGUGUCCCCCUUGAGGGUCCACAAGUACCCCUUCGAGAUGGUGAUGGCAGCAUACGAGAGGCGGUUCCCGAACUGCCCUCAGAUUCCAGUAGUGCUGGAGUGCGUCAUCACCGACGACAGCUGGUCGGCGGACGAUUCCCAGCGGCACACCACGCGCCGCUGCCAGCUCAAUGUGGAGGCACCAUACUUGCUCAAAAAGAUGAUCGGCGUCGACUACAUCUACUUCAUCCAGAAGAACCACCUGGACCUGAAGGGCAGGGUGCUGGAGAUCGAGGCCACCAACGAGACCUUCGCCUCCAGGGUCGAGGUCGUGGAGAAAUGCCGGUAUUUUGUUCACCCCGAGAACAGUGAUUGGACGUGCUUCGAGCAGAAGGCGCUGCUCGACGUGAAGAACUUCUUCGGCCUGGAGAACACGAUAGAGAAGAUCGCCAUCAAGCAGUACGCCUCCAACAUCGCCAAAGGCAAGGAGCUCAUCGAGUCGUUCAUGAAGGAGGUCCACGCGGACGGCGUGACGGAGCUGAAGCAGUGGUCGGGCAGCGACCCCGAGCACAACCGCGAGCUCCGCAGGAUCGUGUCGCGCGGCACCGAGCCGCUGUCGCCGCGCGCCGCCGCUGAGCCCAAGCGCCACUCGCAGCCAGACCAGUUUACCCUGGACAGCGAGUACAUCAAGCGGUACCUGGGCGAGCUGACGCCGGUGCAGGAGUCGCGCCUGCUGCAGCUUAGGAAGUGGAUCGCUGACCUGCAGAAGGGGAAGGUGCCAAGCGACACGACGCUACUCCGUUUCCUACGCGCGCGAGACUUCAACGUGGAGAAAGCGCGCGAGAUGCUCUCCCAGUCGCUCCUCUGGCGCAAGAAGCACCAGGUGGACCGCAUCCUCUCGGAGUACGAGACCCCGGACGUCGUGAAGCAGUAUUUCCCUGGAGGCUGGCAUCAUCACGACAAGGACGGAUGUCCGCUGUACAUUCUCAGACUUGGCCAGAUGGACGUGAAAGGACUGUUGAAAUCCAUCGGGGAAGACGGCCUCUUAAAGUUGACUCUUCACGUAUGCGAAGAGGGUUUAAAACUGCUGGAAGAGGCGACGCGCUCAUCCGAGCACGCCGUCCAGUCGUGGUGCAUGCUGGUAGACCUGGAUGGGUUGAACAUGCGCCAUCUUUGGCGGCCAGGCGUACGGGCGCUUUUGCGUAUCAUCCAGGUCGUGGAGGCCAAUUACCCGGAGACCAUGGGACGCGUGCUCAUUGUACGAGCGCCGAGAGUCUUCCCUAUAUUGUGGACCAUUGUUAGCACCUUCAUAGAUGAGAACACUCGCAGCAAGUUCCUGUUCUACGGCGGCAAAGACUACCUUCAACCGGGAGGACUGACCGACUAUAUCCCCAAGGACCUCAUCCCAGACUUCUUGGGGGGACCUUGCAAGAGCUUCGUGCACGAGGGUGGACUGGUUCCCAAGAGCCUGUAUGUGGCGGGCGCCUUCACCGAGCGCGAUGGAGACCCGCUGAGUGAAGACAGCGUCUACAGAUGCGUCAGCCUGGGCAAGGGACAGGUGCACGAGGUGAUCGUGGCCAACCGCGACCCGCAGAGCGUGCUGACGUGGGACUUCGACGUGCUGCGCCACGACAUCUCCUUCACGGUGUUCCGCACGGCGCACGACCUGCCGCCGGACGAUGACAGCACUGGUAAAUGACUAGACAAAUAACGU